GCAGUGUGCUCACUGAGCGGGGCGGCGGAGCAGUGCCGUCCGUCCACAGACCGACUGACCGGCGGCGGGACCGGCCGGAAGGACCAGAGGACCGCCAGACCGGACCAGAGGACCGCCAGACCGGACCAGAGGACCGCCAGACCGGACCAGAGGACCACCAGACCGGACCAGAGGACCAGCAGACCGGACCAGAGGAGGACCAGAGGACCGUCAGACCGGACCGGAGCGAGAUCGACAGGAUAGCCGCAGAGGAGCGGCUGCGGCGUGCCGGAGACUGGACAGUCCGAGCUCGAGGAAGAAGACCGUGUUUGACGGAAGUUGUGUUGCUGUUUCUGAGAGAGACCGUGAGGCUCUGGAGGUGCCUCAAUAGCUGCCCAGUCUUUCUUCUGUCAUUGGAUAACAGACAGUGGUGAAGCCGCUGGCCUCGUGUAGUUGAAGACAGAGGACACGGCGAGCCUGCCAGGACUCAACUGCGCAUCUGCGGCACGUCUGAAAUCCCCGGCGCCGGACAGUGUCCGUCGAAGGAGGCUCGGCCAGGUGUCUGAGCACCAGUGACGUCAAAUGACAUCAGAUACGGGCGCCAACAUGUGGCUGGCCACGGUCGUCCUACUCGCCUCCCUCAGCCGCGGCUGGAGCGACUGUUUCUUCCCGUUCGAGUACCACGGCACCUACGCCGUCCAGCGGGCGCCGAACGAGUACUCGGAGGUGAUGAUCGAAAUCAACAAGAUGCUGCCCUACGGCGCCUGUCACACCAGAGUAGAUAACAACCUCAUUCUCCAGGACAUGAGUAACGGGUGUCUGCGCUGCUUCCACCUGGCGAUCCGCUCGGCCAAUGUGCUGCAGCUUCACACGCGGGACCCCCAGAGCAGCUGCGCCACCCACAUCGACAGCACGCUCAAACUGUGCCCCACCGUGGAGGAGAUGAGCUCGCUGCGCACCACCGCCAACAGCACUGUCCACGAGCUCAUGUUAUACAAGGUGCGUUCACCCACGAACGAAGAGCACAAGCACCCGGUGUACUGCCCGAUCAGCGGCCGCUUCUCGUUCUCGUACGACAUCGACGACGGAACCGAGAGCGUCACCGAGUGCGCCAACUCGGACUCGCAGAUCUCCAACUGCCCGCUCGGCUUCGGGCUCCACCUCAACUUCAACGGCUGCUCGUUCCGGCCCAACCUGAAUAUGACGUUCGAGUGUCUGGGAGACUGGAGGGACAGCAGCGGUAACAGCUUCGUGGCGCUGCUGGACACGGGCGCGGCCGACGACAAGAGGCCCCGAUAUCGGUGUGCGAUGUACCGCAAGGAGGCCAGCACGGGCCGGAUCUACGUGGCGCUCUCGUCGGACUCGUCGUGCCACCGUCACCUGGAGAGCGCCACGCGCGGCUACGAGCGGCUCGUGCUGCAGCCGGCCGACACUCGGCCGUGGCCGCUGGCCGUCCGACAGGCCACCUGCACACUGCCCGACUGGGCCCAGGGCGUCUGGCAGCACUCGCACGUCGACGGCGACACCAUGGUCUACAAGGACGCCAAGAACUUCAAGACGCACACGACGCGCUGUGUGGCGCAGCAUGACCAGGAAAAGUUCGUCAUCUACUCCCGCUCCCAGUGCGGCGAGGAGUCUUACAAGUGCAUCUGGCUGAAGUACAGGGGCACGAACGUCAUGGAGUUCCAAAUAGGCUCCAGUCCCAGCGACAAAGCUGACGAUGAUCUGUGCGCCGACCACUGGUUCCUGGAAACCGACUGGAUCACUCAAGGAAAGGAGAAGCCGAUGGAGGAGUCACCCUGUCCGGUGUCGGGCGAGUACCAGGGCGUCAUCCCCGAUACGGACGACCAGCUGGGAGCCAAACUCUACUCGGACUGCAGCAGCCCCGGAAUCAUGUUCUACAGCGUCCUCAGCCGUGGCAACCACUCCCACAUCUAUGAAGAGCGCGAGUACCGGUGUCUGGGCACGUGGCACGAGGGGGACGUCAUGUACACGUACACCCAGAGGAGAGACGUGUUACUGUACGAGUGUUUCGCCGGCCGGGUUAUGGCCGAUGGUCGUGUCUUCAUCGGCGAGGCCGGCACCGACGAGAGCUGCCGCAGACGCAUCGACCCCACGCGGACCGGCAUGCUCAUCGAUCAGAUAGCCCCGUGCUACAGUACCGAGGAGACCGGCGGUGAGCCGCGGAAGAGCUCGAUACCGCCGCCGCUGCCGGUACCGACGCAGACCGCCGACACGACCCCGGAGCUGCCGCGCCGGCGACCGGACCGGCCGGCGAGCACCGACCGGCCGCCCUGGGACCCCAUCACAGCGCGGCCCGGAGACGAGGACGACAGCGGCGCUGGCGGCAGCGGAGGUGGUGGCGGCAGCGGCGCCGGCGGUCUCCAGGGGCUGCCCGCAGCACUGCUGGCUGGCAGCGUGCUGGUAGUGGCACUGUUGAGGCUCUAGUCUCGUCGGAAGUCGAUUUGUCUGAGCUACAACGAAGCACCCGUGCGCUGUGCCGAUGGGGGACCUUCCCUGGCCCGGGCUUGGGUACUGGUGAGCAAGCCACUGAAAACGCGAAUUUCGAGCUGCGGUGGCAACAAAGACUUCCUGCAGCUGGACUGGCCCACUGAGUUUCGGUUGGUCCGUAAGACGCUGAACUAUGCGACGGCCUUUAGACCAGACCGUGGAUGUCGAUUCGAUGCACAACACCCGAAGAUUUUGUACGAGCCAAUGUCAGGUUCGGAAGUCCUGGUGGUCUACCGUUUUUAGUUGAGCGGUCCGUGGUGUAGCCCGCAUCUUUUGCGAGCUAAAAACGGAGGUCGGGUAAGACCAAGAUCGUGAGCGUUACGUUAUCAAAUUUGAUGACGUCACCGAUCACACUAUUAAUAACUGUGAUAUAUCGUGUGUGUCUGUGUAUGUGAGUUUUGUAAGGCCAUGUUGUAGCAUAAAUAGUUUAGUGAACAUGUUUUCGGUAAUGUGAACUCAGAGCCUGGGUUCAUUUUCACGGGAGUGUUGACGAGGUUUAAGAAUCGUAUUUUAUUGCACGCUAGCAUUAUGAAUAGCGGAUAUCAUUAUAUCCUAUGCUAUUGUAUUUUAAAAUGCACUGAAUCCACCGGCUUCUGCACCAUAGGCUUCGCGACCCGAUGCGCCGAACAGAUCGCAUACGUCUCCAAGAAAAAUGUAUCGCGAUUCAGCACUAAAUAACCGUGUAAGCGUUUAUGUUGUUACUGAUAACCGCCCACUCCAUCGCCGAGUGGUCGACAAUCCAUGACACCCUGUGACGUCAGCAGCGGCAAGACACGUGACUUGGCUACACACACUCCGCCAAUGUCGGGACCAUUUCUGCCCGGCGCACGUGAAACGGGCUGCACAUUUCGGAGUGUAUGGCGACGUCGGGAUCUUCAUCAUGCUCAGCGCGGCGUGCACGCUGCACCGCGAUGAAUGUUGUGUAUGAAUAGAGACGUCCCCGCGCGAGCACCGCCGAGAGUCACGUACGCCGCCGGACGUAUGCUGCACAUAAACGAUAAUAUACAUCAUGUCCUUUG